UAGUGACCGUCUGCGAGGAGGAGAAGAAGAAGAAGCAGAAGAAGGAACCCUUUGCUGCUGAUCAUCAUCACUUUUACCCGAACGAUCUUCAGUACGUGCGCGCUGCCGGGUGAGUUUACUAAUGCACUGCUGCACACGCUAAAAGGAAUCACACAGAUACCAUAUAUUGAUAGUAAUAGAAAUAUAUUCAUCAUGUUGUCCGAUAAUACGAUGACGGCCAUCCAGAUCUGGACACUCCUCACGCUGUUCACCUGUGUGGUGUAUGGUCAGAGAAAACCACCGAAUUACCAACAAAAUGAAAUGCCACCGACCAGUUUCAGCUGCAAGGACAAAAUCGUGGGUGGAUACUACGCGGAUCCCGAAACGUCUUGUCAAAUGUUCCACGUCUGCGUGAACGUCGUCGGGACCGGGGUUCAAGAUUUUCGGUUCCUGUGCCCGAAUAACACGGCUUUCGACCAAGAAAAUCAGAUUUGCGACGACUGGUAUAACAUUGACUGCGAGGCGGCCACGUUGUAUUACAGCGACAAUUUCGACCUGUAUAAGCUCGGUUUUAGCGGUGCUCCAGCUUCAUCAGGCAAAGCCACACCAAUACCAUUGGGCCCAUCCAGUGCAUCACCGAAUGUGGCAGCCCGACCACAACCCAGUCCCAGGAGACCUUCACUCUCCGCUCCCGUCAACAACGCAGUGUCGGAGAACGACGACGACUACUACCUGCAAAGAAGCGACGCCACUGACAGUCGGCUGCAGCACGACCUUUUGCGGGGCAGCAGCUCGGGAAAUUUCUUCAGCAACAAGAACAGAGGCAUCGAGAACCCAGACGACUACGACGAUGGCCGGGUGAUUGCUUCAUCCAAAGACGUGCCAAAGAAGAACACCAAGGCACCAUUCCGGAAACUGUUGACAGGCAAGAAGCCGGUCGCCGAAUCUGCCACGAGUUAUCCAAGCACCGCCUAUGGUACCACCGGGACCACUGUCGCCACCGCCGCCGUUGCCGCAACCACUAUUACCAGCACCAGCACCGUCAGGCAGCCCAAUUACAAGCCAACCACGUACCGAAGCAAAGAUCGCGGUCGCGUGAACUAUAAGACGUACUUAGACAAGCAGACCAAGGCUGAUGAGUAUGACAGUCAAAAAGUAGCCAAGCCCGCCACCGCUAUUCAGUCCACAACGUUCGCUCCAUCAACUGGUAACACGUACCGCUUACAACCUACCGCGACCGCAACCGCUAUCGAUAACACAUAUCAGACUACGCAAGGAUCCAACGCAGUGCAGCAAAAUAGUCGACCAAAAAACAACGAUUUCCUGCGCAUUGCACCAACAGGAAAUAACAACAAUAACAACAACAACGGUGGUGGUUUCCAAUCAGCCCGGAUUAACGUGGCGCCCACUAACUUCCAGACGAACAACGCCUUCCGUCCGGCGAACGACCAGGCUCUGAAUUUCCAGCAAAAUGCUGUCAACUACAAUCAAGGCUUCCAGUCGGAUAAAACCACGACUACGCAAAACUUAAACCCGGCAAACUUCCAGUCCGACAAGAUCUUUACGACGACACAAAAGUACAUUCAGAAUCCAACAACGAACACCUUCCAGCAACAGGGUAGCAACACGUUCCAGCCAGGAAAUACUUUUCAGCCUAUAAACAAUUUUCAGCAAGCUAACAAUUUCCAACAAUCCAACAAUUUUCAACAAGCCAACAAUUUCCAGCAAGCAAACAAUUUCCAGCAAGCCAACAAUUUCCAGCAAGCAAACAAUUUCCAGCAAGCCAACACUUUCCAACCACCAAACACAUUCCAACCAGCUAACAAUUUCCAGCAAUCCAACACAUUCCAACCAGCUAACAAUUUCCAAACCGUGACUCCCACGACGCAAAAGUACAACUCGUAUCAACCGUCGUCACCGAUCGCAUAUCAACAGUCCACAAACGUGUUCCAGUCGUCGACACCAAACAACGCGGGCAACUCAUUUCAACAGUCGUCCCAGCAAUCACUGUUCCAGUCUACCACCGAGCACUUCUCCAAAGACUUCAAAGCAAAGUUUGACCCGUACAACAGCUACCACCAGAGCACGAACGAAGAGGUGGGCGAGACGCUGAAGACGGCGCCUAGCACGAAUCUGAGGCCGAGCGAACUCAACGCACUUAUCCAGCCGAGACCUAAGUCGAUAAACGCCACGCUGUCGGUUGGGUUUAGUUUCAACAAGGUGGACGGCGGAGUGGCUAAGUCCACUGUUGUCGUACCUGCGCCAACCACGCAAAAGCCAAGGCCUUUCACCACGCAACAGCCCUCCUCGACGACGCAGUUCGUCACCGCAAGUUCUACCAAGCCUUUCGUGGGCGACGGGCCGAGCGGCAGUGCCAAAAAGGCCGUCACCAAAGACAAGGACUCGUCGUACGAUUAUGCGUACUACGACGACAGCAACCAUAACGAUUACACCGACGUGGUGCCUGAAGACUUUUCCAGAAUUCACAACACGAAAAAUUUUUAAGUAGACACUAAAAUACGCUCCCCCCCCACACAAACUUUCAAAAAGCCUUUAACGUGUAAGUUUUUUGUAAAUAAAUCGUAGGUUUACGUCUUAAGUAUAUAAUAUUAUAAAAUUUAAUACGAAAAUACGUUAUAAUGGUAUAUUAUAUUCUUCGGCCACGUGAAGCAAAUUUUUCAGUGCCAAUCAGUUCGACAACAACACGUGGGUCAAACGUAGGUUUCGAGCCGACAUGGGAAGUUUUCCCGAACAACUUCUAAGAAUCCCGGUAAUAGUCCCUGAAAAUUAUUCGUCCCACAUUCCUCGCAAGAACUCCUCGAGCUACUGGCAAUAAUCAUACAAGUGCCAAUUCUAGCUACUUAGCAGGUCCUCGUAGGUAUACGACUGUAUAGUUCAGAUGGUUCAGUUAUCCCCAGUCGAAAGGUAUACACAUCCGUCGGUUAAAUCGGCAGUGCACGAAAAAUGGUAAACUUUUUAUUGUUUUUUUUUAUUUUUGAAAAUCAGAAUAUAUAUUUUUGUUAUUUUGUAAAUGAUUGUAACUUAUAUUAUUGGAUUUAAACGAAAUACUUUUUUUAUUGUAUUUCUCUUAGCCACCUGUGGACAAAAAAUAAAUCAAACUUUAAAUUGGUGUAGAAAAAAAUAAAUUAAAUAUAUAAAAAAUAUAUUUAAAAAAAAAUAAUGUAUUAAAUAUAUAUUUUAUACUUAAGAUAAACAAAUAAAUUCGUCAUGCAGCAGCAGGAGCUGAAAAACUCUUUUAAUAUGUAUUAUUAUUUAUAAUUAAUCACUUAUUGCAACAUCUGUUAAAAUCUAUAUUUAAGUGGUAUUAAAAUUAAAUUAAAAAUAUGUAUCUGUUUUAUAUAAGAACAAAGUUAAAAAUUAUCUAUAAUAAUACAUUAAUACAUAAUUUAUGUAUAAUGUCAUUGUAAAGAUUAGAUUUAUCACCUAUUGUUAAUUAAUAUUUAAAAUAAUAAAUACAUUUGAUUUUUGUA